AUGGACGACGCAAAGGGCCUUGCCUUGGCCCUCGAAGAGGCUAGGAUCGGAUACCGAGAAGGUGGCGUCCCGAUCGGUGCGGCGCUGAUUGCUGCUGAUGGCGGAGUUUUGGGCCGGGGGCAUAAUAUGAGGGUUCAGAAUGGAAAUCCGAUUCUUCACGGCGAGACGUCUUGUCUCCAGAACGCGGGCCGUCUGCCGUCGUCGGCGUAUAAGGGGAGUACGAUGUACACGACGCUUUCGCCGUGCGAUAUGUGCACCGGCGCCUGCAUCCUCUACGGCAUCUCCCGUGUGGUCAUCGGCGAGAACAGGACGUUCCUAGGCGGCGAGGCGUACCUUAAGAGCCGCGGCGUCGAGGUCGUGGUGCUGGACUCGUCUGAGUGUAGGGAGUUGAUGGACAGGUUUAUUAAGGAGAAGCCGGAGGUUUGGUAA